CUCUGGUGGAGGAGUCUCGUGUAGGAUUCCACAGCCAAAAAGCUAUUCCACACAGCGAAGUGAACAGACAAGCGGAAAUGGGAUCUCCAGGGUGUGAGGUUCGGCUGCUGUGGAUUGUCCUUCAGGCGUUAGUGAUGGCCCUGCUCUGCCAAGGUGAGAAGCUGUGCCCAACCGGCUGCCGGUGUGAAGGCAAGAUGGCGUACUGCGAGUCCGGCACCUUCCGGGACAUCCCAGACAAUAUCUCCACAGGAUGCCAGGGCCUGUCGCUGCGCUACAACGACCUGCUGGACCUGCUUCCAUACCAGUUCGCCCACUUAAACCAACUCAUCUGGCUCUACCUGGACCACAACUUUAUCAGUAGCGUGGAUGCCCAGGCCUUCCGUGGCAUCCGCCGUCUGAAGGAGCUCAUCCUCAGCUCCAACAGGAUCACGCAGCUCCACAACACCACCUUCCACCCCCUGCCCAACUUGCGCAACCUGGACCUGUCCUACAACAAGCUGCAGGCCCUGCAGCCGGGCCAGUUCCAGGGCCUGCGCAAGCUACAGAGCCUGCACCUGCGCUCCAACGGCCUGACCGCAGUGCCCGUCCGCGCCUUCCUCGACUGCCGCAGCCUGGAGUUCCUGGACCUGGGCUACAAUCGUCUGCGGGCCCUGACCCGCACCACUUUCCUGGGCAUGCCCAGGUUGGCCGAGCUCCACCUGGAGCACAACCAGUUCUCCAGGAUUAAUUUCUUUCUGUUCCCACGCCUGGCCAACCUGCGGGCGCUCUACCUGCAGUGGAACCGCAUCCGAGUCCUCAACCAGGGCCUCCCCUGGACCUGGCACACCCUGCAGAAGCUGGACCUCGCUGGGAACGAGAUCCAGACUCUAGACCCAGCCGUGUUCCAGUGUCUGCCCAACCUGCAGACCCUCAACCUGGAGUCCAACAAGCUCAGCAACGUGUCCCAGGAGGCUGUGGCCGCCUGGAUCUCCCUCACCACCAUCAGCCUGGCGGGCAAUGUGUGGGACUGCGGCGCAGGCAUCUGCCCCCUGGUGGCCUGGCUGAGGAUCUUCAGGGGCUCAAAGGACACGACCAUGAUCUGCAGCAGCCCCAAGUCACUCCAGGGGGAGAAAGUGAUGGAGGCUACCAAGAACCAGGAGGUCUGUAGGGAGAGCCCCACAGCCCUCCGGCCACCAACCCUUUUCCCAUACGCAAAUCCCACCGCCGUGCCGACUACAACCACCACAGAUGCCCCCUCCACUACUGCUACAAUUACCACAAGCUCCCCGCCACCAACAUCCCAAACUCCCUCACCUGAACCCUGGCUCAUUCCCCAGGCAACACAGAGAAGCCUUACGGGCAUCAACCUCCGGAGACCCCUGCCCAGCAUCCCCGCCUCCUCCGACGUCCUGGGGGCCACGCCCGAGCCGGGGGGCGUACCCCACAUGCUCUUCCACAAGAUCAUGGUGGGCACGGUGGCCCUCUUCCUGUCGGCAUCCCUGAUCAUGCUGGUGAUCUACGUGUCAUGGCGGCGGUACCCCGGCACCAUGCGGCAGCUGCAGCAGCGCUCCCUGGGCCGCAAGCGGAGGAAAAAAGCCCAGGAACCAGAGCAGAACAUCAGCACCCAGCUGCAGGAGUACUACAUGAGCUUCAACGCCACAAACUCUGAGACCAUGGACGUGCUCGUCAAGGGCACGGGACCUUGUACCUGCACUGUCUCGGGCUCUCGAGAAUGUGAGAAUGAAUACACAUAUCCUAGACCAUUACCAGAAGCUUGGCUCGGAGAAGUUGCCACAGUGCACUCGCAGUGAAGCAACAUGGGCACAGCAUGGUUUACUCAGGCCUGGCCUGCCUCAGCUCCACAAUCCCAUCAACCCCAGCUCCGGACCAGAACCAGCCUCUACCUGCGUCUAACUGGGGCGCACCAGCGGUCCAUUCCAAAAGUCUGGCAGGAGACUUCAGAGGACAACCUUCCCGGAAAGGACAACGGAUUACAAAUACGUUCUUGUCUUUCGCCCCCUCUCACCUGCGACAGGUAACGUGGUCCGGCUGAUAAGGCAGCGCACCACGCUCAACGUCAGCACAGUGUGGUCUUGUGGAUUUUAUACUUCCUGUGUUUUUCUCCUGGGGUUCCUGUUGGCAAUGCCUGGGGGGCUGACGUACUGUACCGUACUGUCCUCCCGGGCAGCCAAACCUCUGCGACUGAAAUCGUGUCACCAUGCAGAUUUUUUUUCAAUCUGACCUGUCUGCCGGGUUUACCAGAGGAGCGCAAAGGCAACGGACGCCACUGGUCGCUUUGCCGAACUGCCACCGGCGCGAAACGGAAGACAAGAAACUUACGGGUAAUGUGUUACAACGACGGCAGUGCAUUUCAGCAGUUUCUUCUUGUAGAACGAGGGGGUGAUGUACAGGCAAAAAUCCCCCCCAGGCUGUUCAGAGAGGGCUUCAGUCCUGAUUUCCUCAGAAUGAAUUUUCACAGUGGAUGCAUGCUCGUUACUGUAAGCUGCUUCUCCCCUCCAGGAUCUGGAACGUUCCUGGCUAUGCCUGAGGCAGAGACCGAGCAGAGAGAUGUGGGCCUUCCUGUUUGAAGAGUCAAGCUUUCUGUUAAGGGGAUAAACACUUAAAAGGAACCCAGUGCCAUAAGUGAAUUAUUCAAACCAAAAAAAAGAAAACAAAACAAAAUAAAAACUUUGAGAAACUACUCAUUUCUGUAUAUACUAAUAUGGUAGUCCAGGACCUGGGGUGUCAGUGACGUUUCUGGUUUUUGUUCAAUCUGAGAUUGUGAAAUCUGUGAAAUUUUGAUGCAUUAUUAAGAGUCCGAGAGAGGAUCCAUUGAGAACUUGAAGGACAUAGUCACCUGUGUUCAUUAAGCCAAAUCAUUCAUGCAUUUAUGUACUGUAGGCUUGGAUGGUGCAAAACCAGCUAAUGUAGUGCUUGUUCUCUCUCAUGCUCUCUCUCUCUCUGUAUCUGUCUGUGUCUCUCUCUCAUUCGCUCUCUCUCUGUAUGUCUGUCUCUCUCAAUCGCUCUCUCUCUCCCUCUCUCUGUGUAUCUGUCUGUCUUUCUCUCACUUCCUGUCUCUCUCUCUGUAUCUGUCAACUAUUUUUUUACCACUCUCCUUCUGAAAAAUGAUAUUGCAAAAUAAUUUUGUAAUGCCAGUUCUGUGUUUAGAUGUAUUGUUUUUACACAAGUGUGCUGCGUGGUUCUGGUUCUUCUGGCUGGUUUAUGAAUUAACAACAUUGGGUUUAAAGUUCAGUUAUUUAUACAAAACUGACUUGUGUUUCGGGGGCUUAACAGUAUUGAACUGAAAAACCAAGUUUCUGUUCUGAACAUUACUGUUCAGGACAAAAAAAGUACAAAACAAUCUUUAUUAUGAACUCUCCUGGAGAUUUUGAGACUGCAGAUGGAUAUUAUGGAAAUGUAAUCUUGGUGUGGAAAUUCUGAGUGGUUUUUCCAUUCCAGGAAAAAACAAAAUCGUAAUUUGACGAUUUAUUAGUUUAUAUUACAUAGUGGUUGAGUGUGGUCCUGGCCCUCUGGGUUGAAUCCUUUGGCUAAAUAACGAAUUGUAGUCUGAAGUCUGAAAUUGAAAUUUCUUUGGAUUUUUUAUUGUUACGUAAACUUAUGGUCAGGCAAACUGGUGGGUAGUGGGGAUGUGGGGAUCUUGGAGUUUCCCAAGCACACUCAGCCACUAAGUUAUUGUGUUAAGAAGUGCCAAAAUGGACGUGUGUGUGUGUGUGUGUAUGUGAGCGUGCAUGCGAGUGUGCACAUGUGUGCGUGAGGAUGUGUGUGUUGUAUGUGAGGGUAUGAGUGAUUGCAUGCAUAUACAUGUGUGUGUUUUUGGGUGGAGGACAGGACUUGAAACUCCCUUUUGAUUAUUCUGUAAGCAAAUCUGCCUUUCGUUACGCAGUCCCGAGUAGUUCUGUAUUUAUGUAGCUGACUGACAGGGCUAAAAUAUAUGCGAGUUUAGUACGGCUGUUCAGUGCAUGACGAAAACACAGAGUAAAACUAUUUUAUAUUUAUGAAUAGUAUUUCAGCCUUUUUUUGUUUUUUUCCCUAAAACCUAUUGAUAUUUUUCAUAAAUUGUAUCAAUUGUUCACUGUUUAAAAAAAACCUCUGAAUUUUCUAAUGAAAAUGUAAAAAAAAAAAAAACCAGAGCAAGAAAUAUAAACUGCUUUUCAUGCAAA